CAGCCUUCAAAAGCCGCCGCCGCGGCACCGCACGGCUCUCGAGCGCCCUCCCCAGGCUGUGAAAUAAGUCUCGGCCGCCUCCCCGCAGCAGCAUUAGCCGCGGAGGAGUGCGCCUGCGCAGAGGCAGCCGGGCAGCGCGCGCGCCAGAGCCCCAGCUUUCCUCACAGACCAGACAAGCAGCCGCCGCCGCUUCCCUCCCCCCCGCCCUUCCCUCCCCCGCCGUCACUGGAACCUCAAGCCCGGGCGUCGGACACCAGCGGCCGAGGAAAAAGAUUCUAGAAGAGGCCUUUCUCACCACGCUGGUGCUGGCUCACCUUUUUAUUGAUGGCUACCCCGGAUGUGAGCGUUCACAUGGAGGAGGUAGUGGUGGUAACUACUCCGGACAAUGUGGUUGAUGGCAGCGGUGUGGAGGAAGUGAAAACUGUGCUAGUCACCACCAAUCUGUCCCAGCAUGGCAGUGACUUAAAUGAAGACACCCUGGAGACAGAAAAUGCAGCUGCUGCAGCUGCUGCUGCAUUUACAGCCUCCACACAUCUCAAAGAAGCCCUUUUAGAGAGAAGGGAGGCUUCAGACGUUCAAGAUGGAAGAUCACCAGGACAUGGGGAGGGGUUUAGCAUUAAAUUCUGCAGAAGAUUUAAGCAUAUGGCUGAAGGAGAAGACUGUGUGGAAGCUGAGAUUGUUUAUCCCAUCACCUGUGGAGAUAGCAAAGCCAACUUAAUAUGGCGGAAGUUUGUUUGUCCUGGCAUCAAUGUGAAAUGUGUUCAGUAUGACAACCACUUGAUAAGUCCCAAGGAAUUUGUCCAUUUGGCUGGCAAGUCCACCUUGAAGGACUGGAAGAGGGCCAUCCGGAUGAAUGGGAUCAUGCUAAGAAAGAUCAUGGAUUCAGGCGAGCUGGAUUUCUAUGAGCACACAAAAGUCUGUUCCAAUACCUGCCGAAGCACUAAAAUUGACCUCACUGGAGCCAGAGUUUCUCUAACCAGCCAGACUUCGACUGAAUACAUCCCUCUCACUCCUGCCUCUGCAGAUGUAAAUGGCUCUCCUGCCACAAUCACCAUAGAGACAUGCGAUGACUCUACCGACUGGACUACUAGUAUUGGAGAUGAUACAUUUCUGUUUUGGCGAGGCCUGAAGGAAGCAGGCCUGUUGGAAGAAGUAAUCCAUGAGUUUCAUGUGGAGCUCCUAGAGACCAUGAGGGGCCUACAGCAGAGGGUUCAGGAUCCCCCUUUACAGCUCAGUGAUGCUGUGUUGCUCAACAAUACAGUCCAGAACUUUGGUAUGCUGGACCUGGUGAAGAAGGUUUUGGCAAGCCACAAGUGCCAGAUGGACCGUUCCCGAGAGCAAUAUACUCGAGAUUUAGCAGCUCUGGAGCAGCAGUGUGAUGAGCACCGGAAGAGAGCAAAGGAGCUGAAGCACAAAUCGCAGCAUCUCAACAACGUGCUGAUGACCUUGACGCCAGUCUCCAUCCCGUCUCCGCUGAAACGUCCCAGACUGACUCGAGCCACCUCGGGGCCUCCUGCCAUCACCUCCCAAGUCCUGACUCAGUCGGCACAGAUUGCCCUGGCUCCAGGGGUGCCGGUCACUCAGCUUGCCAACCUGCCACUUGGCAAAGUGGUAUCGGCUCUCCCGGCAUCUUCUCUCGGGAAGACUACAACGCAGGCCACUUCUGCCAGCUCUCCAGCCUCCCCCCUGUUGGGCGGAUACACUGUCCUGGCAUCUGCGGGUUCCACCUUUCCCAACACAGUCGAGAUCCACCCGGAUGCCUCCAACCUGACAGUCCUGAGCACAGCGGCCAUACAGGACGGCAGCACCGUGCUGAAAGUGGUGAGCCCUUUCCAGCUGCUCACCCUGCCAGGACUGGGCACCGCCAUCCAGAAUGUAACACAAAUGGCUCCCAGCGGGAGCACAAUUGUGACAGUUCCCUCCAGUGUUGUUGAGGGCAGCACAGCAACUGAAGAACAUACCACCAUUGAGGUGACCACAGUAGCAGAGGAGUCUGAGCAGAAAUGAAACAGACUGUGGCUCGCUUUCUGGGGUGUGCUCUGGGCUUGCACGACCAUCCCUCUGCACUGAGGAGGAGGAGGAGGAGGAAGAGAGGGCACUGGGAAUAGAGAGAGGAAAACAGAUUGGCUGAUGGGAUCAUAGUGAGGUUGGAAUCGUAGAGGAGGGAGAGAGAAGGGGUCAACAUGAGAGAGAGGAGACAGGAGUGGGGGAAAGGCCACUCUUUUACAGAAACCAUUAAAAGCUACAAUCUUUCCAUCGUUGGCUUGUUAGCACUAGACUAUCCCUAGCCACCUUAGCCAGAACAAAGAGUGCAGAGAGAGGCUGUGGCAGAUAAGACAGGUUUCUGGGAAGAAAACGAUAGGAAAAAGCAGAUGGGGCAGCCAGCAAGGUGCAGCUCCAGAAAUUACAGCACAGGUAACCAGAGGAUAUUUCUGGGUUCAGACAUGAUUCAGGGUACUACAUGCAGUGUCAUCUGGUGGGCUGAAAGGUAAAGCUACCUGGAAAGCAAGCGACAUGCUUUAAUGGGUGGUGCCGGGAAGAGAGGUCUUGUAUCACUUGUUUCUGAAUGCAGUGUGGCAGACCUGGUCUGCUGAUAUUACCAAGGGUGGGAUCUUCUUGGGAUGAAAUUGGAAUUGGUAUGAAGGGCCCUGAGUAUUGAGGAAGAUGGUUUGUGGGCAGGGCUGGCAAAAAACCCUCUGCCAUAGAAAAGCUUGUAAUCUCUGACAGUGGGUGGCUUCUUUCUAUGCUUUCAUUAAAACACACUCAACCUCCCAGCCCCACCUUCUGGCCCUUCCCAUUGUGAGGCUGGUGCACAGAGGCUGUCCUGCUGAGCCUGAGCACUUUCCUCAGCACUGGUGGGCCACUCCCACCUUUGCCCAGGCGAAUCUGCUGAGUCAGCAGAACUUAUCUGCUGCAUGCCAGCACUUCAGGCUGAAAAGGGCAGUUUGGUUGACACAUGUGUAUGUGAGAAGGGAGCAUGAACGCUCCUGAGCUUGCUUUGGAUUGUUCCAGCUGCCUUGAGGUACUUGAUACCAAUUUUUUUUUUAAAAAAAAGUGCUUGUGAGAGUUUAUGCUAUAUCACAGGUGCAAGGGGUUGGAUUCUUGCAGUGUGAAUUAGUCUUGACAACAGCAAAAGCAGGUCUCUUGAAUAACCUAUUAAAUAUUUUUAAAAGCA